CAAACCACCUCCGCUUUCCCUUCCCCUACAACCAACACGAAGCGGAAGCACCAGCAGCCGAAGCCGCCGCGCGCAGAGCCCAGUCCGCCGCGGCCAUGUCGGUGGAGACGGAGCGUAGCUCCACCGAGUCCUCCGCCGUCUCCGGCCUCGACUUCGAGGACACCGCCCUCACCCUCACCCUCCGCCUCCCCGGCUCCACCUCGUCGUCCUCGUCCUCCUCCCCCGACCCCGACCGCAAGCGCGCCUCCUCUGACGCCGACCCUGACCACUCACCCCUCACCGCCGCCGCAUCCUCCGAUGCUCCCCCGGCCCCCAAGGCGCGGGUGGUGGGGUGGCCGCCGGUGAGGUCGUACCGCAAGAACGCGCUCGCCGAUGUCGUGGGGUCCAGCAAAGCCAAGCAGGCUGCCAAGUUCGUCAAGGUGGCCGUCGACGGCGCGCCCUACCUGCGGAAGGUGGACCUGGAGGCCUACGCCGGCUACGACCAGCUCCUCCGCGCGCUCCAGGACAAGUUCUUCUCCCACUUCACCAUCCGGAAGUUCGCCGACGAUGAGAGGAAGCUAGUGGACGCGGUGAACGGGACGGAGUACGUGCCGACGUACGAGGACAAGGACGGCGACUGGAUGCUCGUCGGUGACGUCCCCUGGAAGAUGUUUGUGGAAACCUGCCAACGCCUUCGUCUCAUGAAAAGUUCCGAGGCUGUUAACUUAGCACCAAGAGCCGCCCGAUUAGCCUUCUUGAAGGAAAGAGGAAACUUUGCUCUCCUGAGGUUCUUCACGUGAUAGAAGUGUGUACAGUUGUCACCUACUGCUUUCAGUUCCCUUGCGCUAUUGAGUUGAGAAAAGGUUUUAGUUUCAUUACUCGUUUUUAGUUUCUACAUAUAGAUCCGAAGCUUGAAAUAUACACCUACAGUUUCGUCUCUCCAUGAAUAAGACCGGACACGCAGAAAUCAUGCUCUUCGACGUUUCUCGCCCGCUUGCUGUUUUGCUGUUAGGUUAUAUGUGUGAUACUCAAUAUAGGUGUGAGGCCAAUGGCAUUGCUGUCAUACAUACAUCUUUUUUGUGUUAAACUAUGGCUUUGUUUGAA